UGGCAAUGUCCAUUUAUUGAAAGAGAGGUGCUGUAUAUCUACUGUGCUCUACCUGGUCUUUUUUAUUUUUACCAGACUUACACUUGUAUUUAAGAUAUAUUCUCUGAAAACAAGUCUAAAAAUAUUAUUCCCUGUUACCUCUCAGCUAAAUAUAUCUUGUUUAAAGGAUGUUUAUAUAUUAGUUUUUUUCUUGUAGAAAAUAAGAAUAAGAUAAGAAUAAGAUAAGAAUAAGAUAAGAAAGUAUGAACUAUAGCAUCAAUGUUGUUUACUGUUAUGAAGGUUUGUAUACUUUGCAACAAAGAGUCACUGUCAGGUAUGAAUCGGAAAAAAAAAAAUAGCCAUUUUUAUGAAUCAGUGUUCUCAAAAGGGAAUGGUCAGGACUUACUUCUACUCUCCUUACUUUUGAACCUGUCCAAAAUCGUGCGAAAAAUGUCUUGGCCUCUUAUCGUGUUUUGAAGCAAAAGUACGCUACCUUGUCCUGUCAUUGAUGUGUUUGAACUUUGAUUUAAUUUCAGUGAGCACCCCUAAUUUUGCUGAUUUAUUGCUGAUAAUUACUCACAAUGGAAACUAAUCAAAAAUGUGGGGAUGGACUGACUGGCACGCAGAAAGAGACUACGCUGCGCGCUCUGAUCCAGCGUACAGGAUAUCAAGUAUACCAGGAAAAUGGACAGAGGAGAUAUGGUGGUCCACCUCCUGGCUGGGAAGGCCCUCCUCCAGAGAGAGGCAGUGAGAUUUUUGUGGGAAAGCUUCCUCGAGACCUCUUUGAGGAUGAACUGGUGCCACUCUGUGAAAAAUUCGGCAAAAUUUACGAAAUACGGAUGAUGAUGGAUUUCAAUGGCAACAAUCGAGGCUAUGCAUUUGUUACCUUCUCCACAAAACAAGAGGCUAAGAAUGCCAUGAAACAGCUCAACAACUAUGAAAUCAGGAAUGGGAGACUUCUGGGUGUGUGUGCAAGUGUUGACAACUGCCGUCUGUUUGUGGGCGGCAUCCCAAAAACCAAAAAGAGGGAAGAGAUCCUGGCAGAGAUGAAAAAGGUGACAGAUGGUGUGGUGGAUGUAAUAGUUUAUCCAAGUGCUGCUGACAAGACCAAGAACCGAGGCUUUGCAUUCGUGGAGUAUGAAAGCCACCGAGCUGCAGCUAUGGCCAGGAGGAAACUACUACCAGGGAGAAUUCAGCUCUGGGGUCACGCUAUUGCAGUUGACUGGGCUGAACCUGAAGUAGAAGUAGAUGAAGACACCAUGGCCACAGUGAAAAUCCUCUAUGUUCGUAAUCUGAUGUUGGCCACCACAGAGGAGACCAUUGAGAAAGAGUUCAACAGUGUCAAACCUGGUUCUGUUGAAAGGGUGAAGAAGAUCAGAGAUUACGCUUUUGUUCAUUUCUCACAGAGAGAAGAUGCCGUCAACAGCAUGAACGCAUUGAAUGGAAAGGUCAUUGAUGGUUCUCCCAUUGAAGUCACGCUAGCCAAACCUGUGGAUAAGGACAGUUAUGUUCGGUAUACCCGAGGCACAGGGGGUCGUGGAGGUACUCUGCUCCAAGGAGACUAUGCUUACACAGUGGGGCAGAUGUACGACCCUUCAGCUGCCUACCUGGGUGCACCCAUAUUCUACGCUCCCCAUGCAUACGCCACUAUCCCAAAUCAAUUCCGCUUCCCCACUACCAAAGGGCACAUAAGUGCCAGGGGGCUGGUGCACACGCCCUCUGUUAGAGAAAUUUACAUGAAUGUACCUGUAGGGGCAGCGGGCGUACGUGGUUUGGGUGGGCGAGGAUACCUCGCCUAUGCAGGUGUGGGUCGUGGCUGCACCACGUACCAACUUAAGACAGACAAACAUCUCGACGACAAACUCUAUGACCUUCUUCCCGGUAUGGAGCUCACACCCAUGAACCCUGUCACCCUGAAGCCCCAAGGCAUCAAACAUGCCCCACAGAUCUUGGAGGACAUUUGCCAAAAGAAUAACUGGGGGCAACCUGUUUACCAGCUUCACUCUGCUAUUGGACCAGAUCAGAGGCAACUUUUCCUUUACAAAGUCAUCAUCCCUGCUCUAGCUACACAGUAUCCAAAUAUACACCCAUUCACCCCCACCAAACUCUGUACGUCAAUGGAUGAGGCGAAGCGCCAUGCUGCCGAACACACGCUGCAGAUCCUCGGUAUACAGACAGAGGGCGCUGAUGUAUCUGCUGCUGCGGCCGUCGCUGCUGCAUUCCCAGGCUAUGCAAUUGCCAGCACAACUGCUACUGUGGCUGCAUCACAACUGAAACAGGCUAUUUCUCUGGGUCAGGACCUGACAGCCUAUGCAACCUAUGAGGGUUACCCUGCCUUUGCUGUGGCGAUCCGCGGGGAUGGAUAUGGAGUGUUUUAAAAACCCCUGCUGCAAUAAGUCACUCACCAAUAGAAUAGUCUCUGUUAUGUUCAUUUCUGUUCCAUGCAUGCUGUCAUAUUUAUAGGUUUUUUGUAGUUUUGGUAGAGUAGUGGUUGUUCAAAUAGACUGGUGGUAACUUUAUUCCUUUCCAUAAGCUCUGAUGUUUUUUAAGCAUUUUUGCAAUAUUGAAGUAUAUGAGACAUCUUUUGACCUAACUCUGCCUGAAGGCUGUCUACAACUCAAUCCCAAACAUUUCUAGAAAAUGUCAGUUUUUAUGCUUUUGUCUGCUUUGUUUCCAUAAACUUACAUCAGACUGAAUAUCAUGCAAGGUUGAAAAAAAAAAAAAAAACUCAAUUUGAUUGAAACAUUACUUGUGUCAUAAAUUGUGUAUAUCCAGUAUGAUUCUCCAUUAGAUUUCAACUUUGAUUUUUACUACCUAUGAAAAUGUCUAAAUUACAGAUUUUAGGCUGGACCUUUGUUUAAUGUUGCCUUUGAAGGAUUGAUUGCCUUUACAAUGAACACUGAAUCAUUACAAUCAAAUGAUCAAACACAAAGUAACAUUGUGCUGCUUGUAAAACAGACAUUUAUUCAGACAUUGACUUUAGUAAGCUUUGGUAUUUUGUUGUAUUUAAAGUGGUUUGUUUUUGUGUUGGUUUUCUUUCAGUAUUUAGAUUAACACCUGAGUGCAGAGUGUUUUAACAGAAGAAAUCCAUGUAUAUGCUUUCAUAUGUACCUACCUGUUUUAGGAUCAUUUAUAGAUUUGGUUGACACUUUGUAGUUUGUUUGUUUAUAAGUCCUUUUUCUAUAUUUUAUAAGAUAUUCACAGGCUUGCUACUAAUAUUUUCCCAUCUCAUACUUUUGUACAUGGGGAAUAUGAGAGCACUCGUUUAACACACAGACACAUUUUAUUAAAUUUAAAGAUGCCUCAGUGGUGACAGUAUUAUAGUUUGUGUAGCACUUAAAACUUGUUUUUAUACCUGAAUUUCAAUUCUGUUUGUAUGAAGUUUGUUUUGGAUCAUUGACUGUUUGAAAUAAUUAAUUGUCUCAGUGAUUGGCAUCAGAAUUGGAGGGAGAAUCGUAAACACGUGUUGUCAGGACAAAAAAAUAAGCCGAGAGCUUUAUAGUGCUACAGAGUGUGCGAGUCAUGAAUAUAUAAUUCCAAUACAUUAACUAACGAUCAAUAAAUCAAAUUCACUACAGAAGAAA